AUGGAUUUCUACAAAGCAGCACUAAUCCGUCAAUCUCUCCAACACUUGUUAAGAUUUUCAGGCUACCACCCGCUUCCUAAUCGCGCUAAGGAAGGCACAAAUCCGGCAAGUACUUUGUACUACUUCGAGAAAAGAAAGCUUUCACCGGAGACCGUAUCAGGUAUAGAAACCAAUAGAGGUCCUGAUAUCCCCAUAUCAUCGGUGGAAGGUCGCGAAUCACAAUCCCCCACCACCGAACAGGCUUUAUUCGACACUUCUGCACAAGAAAACCACCGUGCAGAAUCUCUCCCUCCCAAUACCAUACCUUCACGUCUGCAAACUUCAUCAAUCCUUCCUAUUGGAGAUUGCAGUUCUUCUGCUGCCAGUUCACCAAGCGGAGCCUACGCGGGUUUAUCGAUAGAUAGCGAUAAAGGCGGGGAAUUUGCGAGUAAUAAAAACCGAAGACGAUUUACUUCUGAGCCUGUCGAAUCGGAGCAACGAGGCAAAUCCUCAAGACAUAGGGCUAUCAUGGGAGGCGCAGAAGAUAUUCCGCAGAGGUCGUCGUCACCGUUGAAACGGCCAGCCUCGGAACUAGAAACGGAUGUGUUAUUGUCAAGCCAAAAGGAAGAUGUCGACAUGGUUAUGGUGCCAACCCCGGAAGAAGAUACAGAAAUUACUACUGCAGCUCCAACCGCAAUCAGAGCAACAUCAAUCGAUAUGCUGAGAGAUGAGCCUGCAGUAGUAGAAGCUAUUGUCAGGGAGGCUCCUGCCGCCGAGAAUGGUUCAAUUUCUAAUCAAGUCCCAUCAAUCGACGUUCAGGUUUCGACUGUGACAACUGUGUGCAGAGCUGAGAAUGAGCGGCAACUCAGCGAGGGAGACAAAAGAUACCUAGUUUCAAGGAAGUGGCUUGAGAGGGUCACUUCGAGAACCUCCGACGCUAAAGCGAAGAGCAAGGAAGCGUUGGAUGAAGAGAUCGGGCCAAUUGACAACUCUAACAUCAUCCAAAAUAUCAUUCCUCAACCCGGUCGCGAAGAUUUUGUUCGACUUAAGCAUGGAGUUGGGGAAGAAUUCUUCGAAUUGUUUCCGAACGACGCAUGGGAACUGGUUUUGGAGUGGUAUGGCCUGAAGAAUGGCACAAAAGCAAUCGUUCGAUUUGCACACAACACAAACCCCGACAAAGAUUCUGAUGCAAUUCCGAACGUGAUCUACGAAUACCAUCCUCCAGUUUUCCACAUACAUCGUGUAUGGUCUGAACUUGGCAAUAAAGUGGAUACAGCCACAAAGUUGGCAAAUCCGGAUGCACCUGUGAUUGUCGCGAGUAGAUCGAUGAGGAUGCAUGACUUCUUAAAGAUCAUAAAGGAAGCUGCAGGAAUCCCCAUGAGCCAGAAAAUACGCCUUUGGAGAGUACCAAGAACGUUGCCCGGCGCUGAGCCAACCAUCUCUACUGCUGUUGGCACUGCUACUCCUCCCUCAUCUAGACCUGGGACACCAAUAGUUGACGCCAGCGCCAUUAGCUCAGAAACUCAAGACUCGUGGAAGAAACUAUUGUUGGAUGUGACGGAAUUCACCAAGGUGGAGAGAGAUUCGGGCAGAUUCAAGGUCGAGUUCGAGGAUUCGACUGUGAAUGAGAAUUACAAUGGUCGAAUGGAUUUGGAUUUCUGUGCACUUGGGGAUGAUCAAGCACUCGUUAUCGAUGAAUUGGUCGAGGGCAAAGAAGGCUAUGUCUCCAACACAAAGCCUUCGCCGAAUGGAAAACUUAAUGGUGCCGGGCGGAAGGGCAACUCCAGUUUCAUCGUCAGUAGCCAGAACAACAGUGGUCGCAGUAGUCCAGCGCCAUCGCCAUCGUCUGGAUACAAUCUUCGUUCUUCCAAUCGAAGAUCAAAGAAUGGACGGAUGCCAGGAACUGUUGGUCUCAGCAACCUUGGAAAUACUUGUUACAUGAACUCUGCUCUGCAGUGUGUUCGAAGUGUGGAGGAGCUCACUAAGUACUUUUUGGGUGACAAGUACAAGGAAGAACUUAACGGCGACAACCCCCUCGGCCAUGGGGGCGCGGUUGCCAAAUCAUACGCGGUUCUUCUGAAAGAGAUAUACAAGGAUCCCGCUUCAACCUCAGUCCAGCCUCGGCAAUUUAAAAACGUUAUUGGUAGAUAUGCCACUCAGUUCUCAGGAUAUGGUCAACAAGAUUCCCAGGAAUUUAUCGGGUUUUUACUUGACGGUCUCCAGGAAGAUCUUAGCAGAGUAAAGAAGAAGCCGUAUAUUGAGAAGCCUGAUUCGACAGAUGAAAUGAUUGGCAGCCCAGAAGCAAUCAGAGAUAUGGCCACCAAGGUUUGGGAUAUUACAAAACAACGAGAUGACUCGGUAAUUGCCGAUUUGUUCGCAGGGAUGUACAAGUCCACUCUUGUCUGUCCAGAAUGUGACAAGGUCAGCAUCACUUUUGAUCCUUUCAACAACAUGACUUUACAGCUACCGAUUGAAAACAUAUGGUCUCAUACAGUCAUUUUUUACCCACUCAACGAUAAACCGGUCGCCAUUGUGGUUGAACUUGACCAAAAUGCAAGCUUUGCAACGCUUAAAAGUUUCGUCGGCAAAAAGGUGGGAGUUCCAGUGGAUAGACUCUUCGCAUGCGAGGAAUUUCAGGGGAAAUUCUUCAAAUGGUAUUUUGACCAUCAAAUCCCUUCAGAAACUAAUGUGGUUGGAAACAAUGAUCAGAUCAUGAUAUAUGAAUUGGAGGCAACGCCUACGAAUCUGCCAAAACCUCAGAAAGUGAAUCAUAAUGCGUACGGCAAUAACGAUAUUGGAGAUGAAGAAUUUUUACCAUGGGACUCUCCAUUAGCUGAGAGAUUACUUGUGCCCGUGUUUUAUCGUCGGCCCGUUCCCGAAAAAUGGAGCAGAAGAAAGACAUGGGAACUCACAACCGCACCUCAUUUCAUAAUGCUCUCUCCUCAAGAGGCACGAAGUGAAGAAGUCAUCAAGCGAAAGGUUCUAGAAAAGAUUGCAACAUUGACCACAUGGCCCCAACUUCGUGAUGACGACGAGCCUUCGAGCGCGUCUGAAAGUAUUGAUCCAGACAUAGUCAUCACCACUGGCUCAGAUGCAGACUCAUCUGGGGAUAGCAAAUUUGUUGCUCAUUCUUUGGAUGGCGAAGAUGAACUUGUCGACGUAGCUAUGAAAGACCCUAACUCUGUUCAUGAAUCUGUUGAGAAUCGUCCUACCGCACCUCUGAAAAUCUUUAACACUCGUCGACCAAAAUGGUUAAAUCCAGCUGUAUUUCUUUCGGGAGAAAUGCAGAAUCUGUUUGAGGUUUCCUACAUCGCUGGCCCAAAAGGACGCAUGCCAACUGGUUGGAAUGUCACUUUCGAAAGCGGCACAUACAAAAAGAUAUCUGAAAGGAACCCCCAAGUACAACAGAUAAACGGCGAUGAUACUUCAUACGGUUAUGAUGCUAUAGAGAACAGGGCUGGAUCGGUUUCCAGUAAAUCCAGCAAAGAGAGCAGCGAUGAUGUUGGUGGCCUUGCCCCAGCACCAACGAGGAUGAAUGAUGAAUCGAGCGAUGAAGAUAUUGAUCCAACUUCUCCCCGUAGAGCUCUUCCUGUCCGACCGGCUGCGCCAAAAUCUGGCGCCAGGGUAGGUAACAAGAAUAAACGUCGCAACCAUAACAUGAAAACUUACUCAAAGAAGGGCAAAUCAGCUUUACGAAAGCAGCCACAACUCGAGGUUGAUGAUGAACAAGAUGCUCCUGAUGAUGGCCCUCUGGUUCGUCUUGGCGAAGGACUUGUUAUCGAUUGGAAUGAGGAUGCAUGGGAGACUUUAUUUGCCGGUAGCAACGAUGAAGACGGUGGCAGACCUACCUUUGAACAUCCUCCCACUCUCAUAGAUUCAGAUCUUAUUUCAAAGCGUAAAGCCCGUGAUACGAGAAGGAGUCAAGUCAUUACUCUUGACGAUUGUCUUGAUGAAUUUGGCAAGGAAGAAAUCCUUUCUGAGAUGGAUACUUGGUAUUGUCCUAGAUGCAAAGAACAUCGUAGAGCAAGCAAGAAGUUCGAGAUUUGGAGAACACCAGAUAUUCUUAUCGUCCAUCUCAAACGCUUCAGCUCUAGUGGCUUACGAAGAGAUAAACUUGACGGCCUGGUUGAAUUUCCUAUUAAUGAAUUGGACCUCUCCUCGCGAGUUAUUGAAUCACAAGAUGGCAAGGAGGAGAUAUACGAUUUGAUCGCUAUUGAUAAUCACCAUGGUGGUCUCGGCGGAGGACAUUAUACCGCUUUUGCAAAGAACUUCGUUGAUGGCGAGUGGUAUGAAUACAAUGAUACAUCGGUGGCAAAGAUAACAAAUCCUUCCAGAAUGAUAACAGCGAGCGCAUAUCUUCUCUUCUACCGAAGACGUUCAUCAGAACCUCUUGGUGGUAAGACUUUGCAGGAAACUGUAAACUCCUUCGAUAAUCAAUCUUCGAGUGAGGAAGAUUCGGGGGAAGGCUCACGCGUCGCCGGAAACUCCUCCCAACAUGGGUCGUCGAGCGCCUUGAAAGGAGUCGAACCAGCUCACCAUCAGCCAGAUCUUCCUGGUUCGGAGGAUGGCGAGGCGACGAAGACAGUAAAUCCACAGGACACUGAGGACGUACCGCCUUAUAUCAAUCAUAUUGAAGGUGGUGACCCAUUUUCCGACUCCUAUCAUUCGGUUCCAUUUCACGAUAGCAACGUUCGAGAAAGUAGUGAAGCUGACGAAGGUAUAGACAUGAGCAGUGAUUACAAUAAUGCUGCCCCAAAUGUCACUGAACCAGUAUGGGGUUGGGGAGGCAUUAACGAGAAUCUUCGAAUGUUCCCUUCUGGCACAGGCUCCGAAGCCGGUGCUGAAGCCGGUAGUAUAGACGGUAGCGUUGGAGUUGAACAUGGUUCCGAACCAAGCCGAAGUAGCUUGGAACGUCGACAAAUCGACUUUGAUGAUGCUCCAGCUGAAGAUUUCCAAGAAGAUCAUAUACCGGACACGGAACAUGAGGGCCCAAAUGUCAUUGAAGUCAUGGAAAAAAUCGCUCAGAGAAAGGGACAAGGUUUCAACAUUGUUGGUAAUGAUCAAGAAGAGGAAGUCGAGGAACCUGUUAUUGAAUUUCAUAUUGAGGAUAGUGAUUUUGUCGAAGAUAUGAAGUUUCUUUAA